CUUUACUUGGCUGCCAGGCUACCAGUUAGCUUGUGGACAGUGAAGGGAUCGUUUAUAUAUUCUGUGCUGCUCAUUUAAUGAAUGUGUCAAGUGUAUUUCUCAUCGGAUAAUGUCAAAAACUCUUUACACUAAUGGAACUCAGCACACGCCAUUCCCCAGAGGGCCCUUGUCAGUUGGCUGCAAAGAUGUCUGCACGGAAGGGGAAGACGCGGUCUUGUUUAGACUGUUUUUCCCCGUACUAGGAAAGAAGGUGCCGUACGAAAAGCAGGAUCCGGCGGGCUGGACGGACUGGUACCUCGGGCAGCCCUAUAGCACGGGGUUCGCCAAGUUCAUCAUCACGUCGCAGAGCUACUCGAUGUGGAUACUCCGCGCUCUCAGCCCCUUCCUCUUCCUCUACGGGGAUUGGCUUACCAAGAACCUGAAGGUGCCGGCGGCGUGGCUGGGCGGCGAGCAACCUGACGAAGACGACGCCGCGCGGGAGACUCCGGCGAGCGGGAAGAUGCCGGUGCUCGUGGCUUCGCACGGGAUGGCCGCCCACCGCUCCGUCUUCUCCAGCCUCGCCUGCGACCUCGCCUCGCACGGCUUCCUCGUGGUGGUUCUUGAGCACCGAGACGGGUCGUCCUGCGCCUCCUACCACGUCGGUCCGUCGAGCAGCAAGACGUGGAUGAUCUACAGCGGUUAUGAACGGGAAUCUCAGCUGGACCACCGCGUCGAGGAGGUGUUCGGCGCCGUGGCGGCGGUGCGGCGGCUCAACGAAGGGACGCUCAUCAACGAGCUCGAGCCAGACAACAAACUCAGCGCCUUCAAGGGCGCUCUGGACCUGAACAACAUGGCUCUUCUGGGGCAUUCCUACGGCGGCACCACCACGUUUCGCGUUCUGGCGGAUCCUAGGAACUGCUUCAGGGUCGGCGUCACCCUCGACCCGUGGAUGUUCCCCGUGAGGUCAGAUCCCGAGGCGCUGGGGAGGGCCGUCGCCACCCCCGUCCUGUCCGUGUCCAGCGAGGAUUUCAACAAUGGAGCCAAUCUUAAGGCCUUAAGGAGGCUUAGGGACGCCCAUAAGACGGAGGAAUCGCUAUUUUACACCAUGAAAGGCACAACCCAUCACCAUGGCAACGACGCUCCUUGGCUCGCGGGCAGACUGGGCUGGUGGAUUACGAGCGGAAACUACACUCACCCGCCAGAAGUCAUCAACGAACUACAGAAUAGCCUUAUUCUCACUUUCUUGGACAAAUAUUUAGAUAUCGAAGACCGCAGACUGCUGGCCUCUGUGAUCCCAGUCUAUGAACAGUUCAUACAGGAGAAUAAAGAUAUCCUAAUGGAAGAUUAAGGAAUGCAUCUCGAACGUUGUCUAAGUCAGAGUUAUUUUUUCGAACUUUAGAAUUAUGGUCCACUAUUGGUAUGGUGAUAUAGUGUAAAGUUUUAUGUCUUGGUUUUGAAUUUAUAUGGUUAUCUGUCUAUAAAUGUUUGGUCACUGUAAGUAACCGACGAACAGUAUAAAUUACGAAUUUAAAUUGAAUUUUAUAUUACUUAAUGUGUUUAUAGCCGUGAUGCAAUUAUAUAUAUUUAAGUGACGUUAAAUACCAGAAUCAUAUAAUGUAAGACUAGCCAUAUAAGGUAGCACCAAAUUAUUAGAUGAACAGAUGUUAUUUGUUUUACAGUUUGCUUGUUGUUUUCGGACAAAUCUACCUCAAUAUUGUUUUAACUUUUUGUGUAUAAUUCAAUUAAAGGCUCCAUGUUC